CCGAGGAGGCGGGCGGAGCCAGAGCCAGAGCCGCGACGGCACAGCACGGAUGAGGCGCAUGCGCGGUGCUGGACGGCGCUGGAGCUGCGGGCCCGGCGCGGGCUCGCGGAGGGGCCGGGGGCCGGCCGUUGGCGGAGGCGAGGCGGCGUGCGGCUGGCGGGGCCUGGCGGGCGGCUCGCCGCAGCAGCUGGCGGAGCGAUACGCGGACUUGGCCGCCAGCCACAGCGAGGCGGUGCGGGCCCGCGAGGAGCGCGAGCGCCAGAACGUCCGGCUGCGGGACGAGAACGCGCGGCUGCGGCUGGAGAACCGCCGCCUGCGCCGGGAGAACCGCAGCCUCUUCCGCCAGGCGCUGCUGGGGCCCGGCCCGGAGCCCGACGCGCCGCCCCGGCCCGGCCCCGGCCCCGCCCCCGAGCCGCCGCAGGAGGAGAAGGAGGAAGCGGCGCUCGCGGCCCAGUUGCGGCGGCUGCAGGAGCGGCACCAGCGGGCCCUGCAGCAGCUGCGGCGCCGCCGGGCCCAGGACGGGCUGGAGGAGGACGGGGAGCUAGACGAGCUGCUGCAGGAGGAGGACGGGGAGCAGCCACCGCCGCUGGGGCGGCAGCAGCAGCAGCAGCAGCCGCCGGAGAAGAGGAGCCUGGUGCCGCCCCUGUAACCAGGGGGAGGCUGCGUGGCUCCGCAGUGGUUUGGGGACCUCCCCCCCACAGCCAGAUCACUGGGGUGAGGGGCCCCCCAUCACUCUCUCCAACCCCCCCUUUGGUGCCUGAGGCGGGCCCAGCUGGCAGCACCCUGGAGCCGCCUCACAGCGGGGCUCCUCCGCCCCGCAGGUUUUUUGGGUCCCGGAAGUAGGCACGGACGGGAACUUCCUGCAGGAGAAGCCGCAGCCCCAAGGAGCCCCACGCAACAGGAGGGAAAGGGCCUCACAGCAACAGGUGCUUCCUGCCCUUGGAUGUUGAGGCGAGGCUCGUCCCAGAGGGAGAAAUGGAUUCUGGACGUUGUCACCUCCUGGCAUUGCCCUGUCUGCCUUCUUAGUUUUGAUUUUUGGACCUGUGUGUCUAGUUAUCUUUGUGCAGGAGUGAACAAAUCUCAUAGAGGCCAUAAUAGCCCUGUAGAUGACCCAACAAUGGCACAUUUGUUAGCCUGCUACUAGGUUUUAGUACCCAUGUAUAUCAGUUUAAAAAAUGAAAAGUUUGUGUGCCAGAUUUAUUUUGACAGCACUUUAAAUGAAAGCUGAUAAUUCUUGGAAUCCUCCUGAAUUGAUUGGAUAUCAUCUGCAACUCUAUUCUCUGUACAUCUUUGACUAUUGAUUUGUUCAUUGUUCUCUGUUGCAUAAUUUAUCUGGACAUGGCACUUCCAAUUCAUAAAAACACAGGUCAUGCUAAAUAAAUCCUUGACACACCAAAA